AUGAACCCAUCGGACCAUCUUCCGAUUCAAUAUUUGUAUGGAAAAGCUGUGGGUUGUGGCAACUCAAGCACUGCUGGAUUCCUUCUGGGCCUAGGCGCUGAUCCAAACGGCGGGUUUUUGUUUGAUGUCUCAAUCCUGAACGGCAAUGCGGAUGCCGUGCGAAUGGUUCUGCAGCACGGUGCCGUCCUCCACGAUGUCGACAAUUGUCUCGAGCUGGCAGCGGCCGAGGACGACCCUGCCGUGUUUCGAGCAUUGGUUGAGCAAAGUCAAGAACUGAGAGGAAACUAUGCUGUUUUAUCGCACUGGUUGGGCCGCUGCAUUCAAUUAGAUGCUUGCCAGGUGGCCGAGGUGCUGCUUACAAAUGGAGCAUGCCUGAAUAUAUUUGUCGAUUCUCAAUGUUUCCGACACACAGUGCUCCGCGGUAGUGUGAAAAUGCUCAAGCUUUUGAACAUGGUCGGCGCGGGACCAAAGGAAGACUAUAGCUUUGAUAAAGCAUUGCUCGACGCGUCAUUUCUGGGAAAGAGAAGCCUGAUUCGCUUCCUUCUUGAAUGUGGUGCCAACAUCAACACAGGCUGCGAACCAGAUAGCUCGCCGCUUCACUGCGCAGCUCAGUUUGGUCAAGUAAGAACGAUCCAACUCUUGCUACAAAGAGGCGCCAAUCCAAACAUGGUAAACCGCAACGGCGAGACUCCCAUGCAUGCCGCAGCAAUUUCUUGGGACGGACGCGCCAUUCAGGCUCUGAAAGAAGGCGGCACUCUUAUCAACGCAAGCAAUGGAGCAGGUAUGACUGCUCUUCAUCUAGCUGCUAUCGAUUCUGGUGCCAAGGUGAUCAAUGAGCUGGUGCGCCAUGAAGCAAAUCCCUUUAAACGUGAUUGCGGUGGCAUGAAUCCUUUGCAUUACGCCGCAUGGUGCGGCAAUGUUGAAGCGGCCAGUGCUUUACUGCAAGCGACGAAUAACAGCGGAAUAGAUUUGAGGGACAAUCGAGCUAGAACUGCGCUCUUUCACGCCUGUUGGAAGGGUCGAGUCGCUCUUUGCAGGCUACUCAUCAGCCGAGGCGCUUGUCCGCUCAUUACAGACUUUAGGCAAUCGACCAUUUUCCAUGCCGCGCUCAGAAACGGAAAUCGGCGAUGUUUGACCGAAAUCUUGGCGGCGAUCAGCCCAGAGCAAAGCCAGCCCAUACAUGCUGCGAUAGAUGGUUCCGAGCGUGAUUUGGAGGACCAAUCACAAGUGUUGCAUGGUACCAACUUGGCGGCUUGGAUGCGAGGCAGAAGCACCAAUGGGGGCGUGAGGGGCACAGAGAGUGCAGAUCAUUGCGCAAUGUGUACCCAAAGAACCAAUCUCAAUCAAUUAUUUAGCUGCAGAAGUUGCAACAUGAGAGAGACGCCGAUGAUGUGCACGGAGUGCGUGGGCGCGGGCGCGCGGGACUGCCUGCGAGCUGGCCAUGUGAUAAGGAGUGUUAUCGAGCGAGCUUAA